UAAAGUUUUUUUUUUCCACCCAACUGCAACUGUCAGUAAACCGGCCGGCUGAACGCCCUAUUCGCAACUAUCAUCGAUUUUUCGGACUUAACAUGGCAGGAAACAAUUCCUAUACUAUUGUCGAAUAUUUCGGUGGGGAUGACGGUUACCGCUGUGGUUACUGCAAAAAUGAAAAGGGAAACUUUUCUCACGGUAUGUGGUCUCACACCUUGACUGUACAAGACUAUCAAGACCUCAUAGACAGAGGAUGGAGAAGAAGUGGAAAAUAUGUGUACAAGCCCAUAAUGAACAAGACAUGCUGUCCGCAAUACACCAUCAGAUGUCAUGCUGGGAAAUUCCAGCCUUCCAAAUCUCAUAAGAAAAUCUUGAAGAAGAUCAAUAAAUUUAUUUUGAAAGGAGUUGUACCAAAAGAGCAUGAAACUGGGGAACCAAUGGAUUCGGCGUGUGAAGUUCCAGGCUCUCGAGAACCAAGUAAAGGAAUGCAAUGUGCUAUUACAGACAUUCAAAAGGAAGUAGCAGACUGUCAACAUAUCACAGAAGUUGACAGAAAUGAGCCAGAUGUCACACCCACUGGCUCAGAGACACCUAGAAAAGACCCAGGCUCAGUCCUGGAUGGCAGAACAACAGCCACAGCUCCUAAACCUGGUAUAGGAGUAGAUCCCAACCGACCCCCUUGUCGGAAGGCCAAAGACCUGAGAAGAGAGCGGCGUCAUCAGAAGGAGCAGAUGAAACAUACCAGUGUUGGGGUUUCAUCCACUUUGACCAUUAGUCCUCCUACUCCCACUCCGAGCAGCCAAACCAAAACCUUGGAAGACUUUCUCUCUGAGACGUGUCCUGACGGUUCAGCUCAUUGCCUGGAGGUGAGGCUAGUGCGUGCCAAUCCCCCUUGCCCGCAGUUCAAAGCCUCUUUCAACGCCUCCUACCAGGUGUACAAACUCUACCAGAUGGCAAUUCACAAGGACCCUCCUGACAAACCCUCCGAGAGCCAGGUGAGGCUAGUACCAGUCUGCUUUGAGGACCCCCAAUUCACAGCGUCCUAUCAGCAGUCUGUGGCGCUGUACACCCGUUACCAGAUGGCCAUUCAUGGGGAUGACCCCAGCGAAUGUAGUGAGAGUGAGUUCCGGAGAUUUCUCUGCGAUUCACCAUUAGCGGCAGAGUACUCUGUUGAUGGGCCCGUGAUGGGUUAUGGCUCCUUCCACCAGCAGUACUGGCUCGAUGGCCAGAUUGUGGCAGUCGGAGUGAUCGAUAUCCUGCCUUCCUGUGUUUCAUCCGUCUACCUGUACUACCACCCAGACUUUGCCUUCUUGUCUCUGGGAUCCUACUCUGCUCUCAGGGAGAUUGCUUUCACAAGGCAGCUACAGAAACAGUCCUCAAAGUUGUCCCACUACUACCUGGGGUUUUAUAUUCACUCCUGUCCCAAGAUGCGGUAUAAGGGACAGUACAGACCUUCAGACCUGCUCUGCCCAGAAACCUAUGUCUGGAUAACCAUUGAGCAAUGCCUUCCACACCUGGAGAAUUCCCGAUAUGCUCGUUUCAACCCGAAUCUUGAUGAAGGAGAUGCUUGUGUCUUGAAAGACGUAGGCAGAGUUCUAGUGCUACACAGACGGACCGUCAUGCCCUACUCAGUCUAUUGCCGCAAGCAGAAAGGUUCUGGCGAUGAGACGGAGGUGAAAGAAUACGCUACCUUGGUUGGCCAGAACUGUGCUGAAAAGAUCUUGCUGUACCGAGCCUAACCCUGAAGAAUCCCAAUACUGAAGCUUUUAAAAUUCACCUCGCUGCAACAGUCUGUCACUUAAACCUCAUUUCCAUCAAGCAGUACAAUAAAGGUUCAGUACAGUACAGAA